UGUUUCUCUUAUAUGUUUAGUUACACAGAAUGAAAAGAAAAGAGGACAGACAAUUGAAAUAUUUGACCUUGUGGCUGAUAUGAUGUUUGAUAUUCUGCCUACUUUACAAUUCAUACUCCUGUUUUACAUGUUUGGAUCUUCUGGAGCAGGAUUCAUAAUUGUUGUAAUGUUACCAGUGUUACUGAUGAUGACAGAUGACAGAUGCUUUGAUAGAUGCAGAUGUAGGCUCAGCUGUUCACCUUCAGUCACAAGAACAGUGAUGUUAAUCUUCAUAUUAGUGAUUAAUGCAGUGAUUAUCUGUUUUUACAUGACACUGGAAAAGACAACAGAUCAAGUCGGAUGGGGCUGUGUGAUGGUGUAUCUGCAGAUACACUGGGCAGUUGUGAAGUUUACAGAUCCAUAUUAUUUGAUCUCUUUUUCUCAAAAUUUUCAUCGUUUUGUCCCGGUUUAUGUGUUUGGAUCAGUUGGAUUUAUUUUACUGACCUCCACUGCACUAACAACUGAACUGAUACUGAAAGCAGUGAAUGGUGAUCGUACGGUUGGAGAUUUGAGAUUUAUUGUCUUUCCUUUUGAAUGUUUCUUUGCUGUAUCUCUGCUGCUUUCAGGAUUAUUUGCAUCCAAGAUCACAAACUGUAUCCAGUCUUGUCAGAAGCAGAACACAGCAGAAACACAACAGAUUAAAUAUACGAAGGCUGAUGAUGAAGAUGAAGAUUCAGUGGUGUUGAGUGUUGAGAACAAAUGAUUAUUCCUGAUUUAUCUUGAACACUUCAAGACUUUAAGGCACAAUUUUCUUCAAAACUGCUUUGAAAACACUUGGAUUGUGAAAGGCACUAUACAAAUAAAAAAAUUAAAAUUACACAUUACGGUUUAAUCAAAGUCUCAUGAGCUCCAACAAUGAUCAAGCUGAGUUCAGUGUAAAGAUGUUAUUCAUUGUUAAUAUAAGGCAUUUUCAUUUGUAAACAGCUGCAGGAUGUUUUAUUGUUUGUUAACACAUUUACUUUGUAUAAUUUUGUUUUAUUGUGUGCAAUACAUUGUAUAAUUUGUGAUUUUGAUUUAUGUUUAAAGGUGACCUUUAAUGCCCCUUUUACAAGAUGUGAUAUAAGUCUCUGGUGUCCCCAGAAUAUGUGAAGUUUCAGCUCAAAAUAUCCCACAAAUCAUUUAUUAUACCAUGUUGAAAAUGCCCAUUUUUGAGUGAGAGAAAAAAGAGCUGUUUUUGUGUGUCUUUUUAAAUGCAAAAAGCUGCUGGUCCACACCCCAGAGGGUGAAGCCAAUAGCUUGUGCACUCUGUACUGAAAACUAAAACAUGAUAUCUGUUUGGUUUUGAUGAUCAUCUCUAUCGUGGAUACGCUCACGUGACAUUGUAAUUCUUCAUCAUCAUAAAAGAUUAUCAUCUGCAUGUGUUUUAAAGCCAUAUUAGUCUAAACUUCUGAUAUAUGGUUUUCUGAGCGCACACAACCAAUGCAUAUGAUCAACUAAUUUGUCUUUCAUGUAUUGCGAUUAAACAGUCAAAUAAACAGUAAACACAGUUGGUUGUGUCUGUGA